AUCAAUGGCGCCGUCGAGUGCUCGGAUCUCGGUGACUGCUGGAGUCGUGGGCACUGGGUUCGACGGCACGGAGCCAUCGCUGCUAUUCUCCGUGCAGCGUCAUGGAUUGUACAGUGAUGACGUGAAAGUGCUGAAGAGGUACUUAUUCAACUGUGGAGAAGGAACACAGCGACUGGCAGGAGAAAAUGGCCUCAAACUCAGCUCGCUGGAUGCCAUGUACUUCACGCGUUUCGAUGCCAAGUCAGUAAGUGGUGUCCCUGGUAUGAUUUUCGCACUGGGGUCAUGUGGCACAGCGACGCUCAAACUUCACGGACCUGUCGGGCUUUGUGGGUUUCUUGGGGCUAUUCGGAGUUUUGUUCGGAGGAGAUAUCCUCAAAUCCAAUGCGUGGAAAUUAUGCCUAGUGGAAAGGAUCAAGAUGCAGGGCAAAGCGUUGAUGAGUCGAUUGAGUACGAGACCUGGAGUGAAGGAGUCGAGCGGACAGAUCAACAUGCGCUGAUAAUUCCGAUUGCGCUUGGUGCUGGAGUUGGGGCAUCAUCCGACCAUGCUACCGAGUGUCAAAGUUGCAAACUCUGCGAGAAGAAUGCCCCCAAAAGACAUCCACAGGAUAUUUCUGCUGAGGAAAUCAACAGUGCCGCAUUUAUUGAUGUAAAGGGGGUCUCUGGCAACCAACCUGGUCGAAGAUGGGAAAACGAAAGCGACGAGCACGAGCAAUGUCGCGAAUGGCUUUUACGAUAUUAUACUGAGAAGGUACCAGCAAAACUCCCCUACGUAGACGUUGUACUGAACCGAUACCGGGGACGAUACGAUGACUUGAAAACCCAACUGUGUGCGAAGUACGGCGAAAUGAAAAGCUCAUCACUUGAUGCUGAAGUUGAAGUCUCAAGUUCUGAUUUUUCAUCAGAUAGCGAUAAUGAGGAUGACGACGUUGAGUUUAACUACGCAGAAAAACAGAUCGAUCGGAGGUGGAUGGAAAAGUUUUACGCUGAAUUCCAGCCAGAAAAACUUGCUCAUAUAGACAGAGUGAUGCGUCAGUUUUCUGGACGAGAAGAUACUCUCAAGCAAAUGCUCCUGAAAAAAUAUGGUAAAGAAUUCGAGACUGUGCCAACAACAAGCAGCAACCAAUCAGAAAGCGAUGGAGGUACUCCAAUAAAGAAGAGAAAGCUACAACACACAAGCGAAGAUGAUCACGUAACACUGAAGGACGAUCUGAUUCCCAAGAUUUACACUAGCUACGACAACUCUGGCGAGAGAUACUCAGGGCCUUCAGAUGGCGUAUCAAGCUCAUUUUGCUACGUUGUACAAUUUCAGUAUACUCCGUAUCCAGUGGUGUGGAUCAUUGACUGCCGCACCUCGGAUCAUCUUUCCGACUUGGAACGCAAGUUUUCAGUCAUAAUCAAGGCCUCGGCUGGCAGCUAUUGUGACGUUCAUCUGCCUUCGCUCGUGGUGCAUUUGAGUCCAGAGCAUGUACAAGCUCAACCCCGAUACAAGCAAUGGAUGGCAAGUCUCUCGGAGUCGACUUCGCGACCUGAGCAGUUAGUCUUCGACAGCACUGCACUCCAAGCAGCUGCGCAGGGAGCGUUUAGUUACACCUUUGUUUCUUCCGCCAAGGUUGCUGUACAAAGGGAACUUCAGGCUCGUUCUACUAGCGGUAACGCAGAGGUCAAGCCGAAGAAUAUGACACCAAAAUCCGUAAAAGACCUGGUGAAGUUUUUGAAGGACUCGUCGUGGUCUGCUGAGUCCCCAUGCCGGCGGCAAAUUGUGAAACACAUCGAGGGGUGCGAAUCCGAAGCUCAUGUCGCUCAGAGCAAGUUAGAGUUUUGUCUUCUGCAUCCAAACGAAAAGCAGUUGGGAUUUAACUACGAUCGCACCGGAUGGCACCAGAAAGCUGAUAAAGACGAAGAUGAUGAGGCUGAUGGCGACGACAACGCAGUGGAUAUACAGUCGAAUAGUUUAUCAUUUUCUUUGGAUCAACCAACAAGCGGCCAAGUGGAUGUAGCCUCGUCGAGAAAUUUAAUUGUGCUGGGUACUGGAAGCGCUGCACCUUCCAAGCUCCGUGCAAGCAGCGGGAUUUUCUUGGAGUUGUUAGGAUCCAAUGCUGGCGUUGAUAGUAUGCUGGUAGACUGUGGGGAAGGAACAUUUGGACAGUUGUGGCGUCAAUUUGGUGGUGAUGUUUGGGAACGUAUUGGCGGUCUGAAGUGCAUUUGGAUCAGCCACAACCAUGCGGACCACCAUUGCGGCUUAGUUCGAGUACUUUACGAGUAUUGGCAUUUCCACUCGCAUCAGAAGGAUGCCAGAAGCUUACAACCUCUGGCGGUAGUGGCGCCCCAGUCAGUGCUGUCUUACGUCGAGAGUUGGCUGCCGCAGUUUCUUCGCAAUGAUUCUGAUAAACAGCUAAUUAGAUCGGCGACGUGUGCAGAUUUCAACAAUCCCCGACAUCCACUUCGCUGCCAGCUCUUGUCGGAGAUCGGCUACGCUGUGACCAGUAUAACGAGUGUAAGGGUUUUUCACUGCUACGACUCUUAUGGCCUCGUGCUGACUCUGCAGGGUGGGAAGAAACUCGUGUAUUCCGGAGAUACCAAGCCGUGCAAUGAACUUGUCCUUGCAGGUAUGGACGCUGAGUUGCUGGUUCAUGAAGCGACAUUCGAUGAUUCGAUGGAGGAGGACGCAAAGAUGAAGAAGCACAGCACUGUUGGUCAGGCUCUGGACAUUGCUCGACGCAUGCGAGCACGGCAAGUUAUAUUGACGCAUUUCAGCCAGCGGUAUCCAUCACUUCCACCGCCGGUUUCGGACAGCAAUGAGCAAUCGAGCAAUGACCCUACCACUGUGCUGUGUGCGUACGACGGCUUCGUGCACCCAAUGCCGUGAACGGCACAUCAGAACGGUGUCGUUCGAAUGAGCGGUGUUUCGCUAGUCAACGUCAAUUUCCCCAACUUUAUAUCUGAAUUUAUGCUGUGUCGUUGGUAACUUGUAAAGUACUUCGAAGUACAUGUGAUCACUUGUAAAAACGUUAUUUGCAUGGUAAGGUCGAGCGGCAAAUUGCCGGCAUUCUCGCAAGCGUUGAUUACACUGGGUCGGUCAAUCCCAGGAGCGCUUCAGCAUCUCCGGUCCACAAGUUCGUCGUCACGCGAGCCUCAAGUGCGGAAUGUUCAGCUCACGCCAACACGCAAAACGUGUUUAUUCCGGUAGCAGGAAAGCUUUAUUGUUGACAACAAGCAAGUUGUAGCACAUUCUGUUGCCGCCCGAAACAUUGCCAGCUUGAACCUCCAGUGAAUGCAAAUUCAUGCGACCUGCUUUACCCCAAAAACGGAUGGCGCUGGUCAGAUGAAAGUACAGCAUAUACGAAAUUGAAACACUAUUUUUCCUAAUAUCACAUGACCUAUGAUAAGGA